CUACAAACUCAGCACCGAAUGUUGAAUCUCUUGAUCAUAGCAAUUCACAAUGUCACAAUCUCAUCGUCUUCCUCCGAAACCACUGCCUUUGAAGGUUGAUUCCAAAAAUGGAGGAGACAGGCCGAAUUACAUUAUUUUUAUGCCUGAUCAGUUGAGAUAUGACUCUCUCGGCUGUACAACUGGCCCCCAUUCUGAGAUCAAGACGCCGAAUAUCGAUGCAUUCGCUGCAAGAGGGAGUCUUUUCACCAAUUGUUUCACGCAGGCUUCUGUGUGUUCGCAAUCGAGAUGUAGCAUGUUCACUGGAACGUACCCUCACGUCAGUGGUCAUCGAAGUCUCGAGAACCUUAUCAAGCCAUGGGAACCAAAUAUCUUUCGGAGUCUGAAGGAGUCGGGAUAUCAUGUUGCAUGCCUUGCACCACGAGGCGACACUUUUGCACCGACUGUCACGGAGCUGAGUCUUAGUGAAUACGGGUUCCUUGAAACACCAGAGUUUACGCCAAAGUUUGCUGGUGGUGGACGAGAGGUGGAUGAGAGUAUUUGGGGACGAUUGUUUUAUCGUGGAUUGAGGGAUGCGGAUAAAGCUUUGGACUAUGAUGAAGCUGUGGUGAGAUCUGCUUUGACGUGGUUGGAUUGUCCUCCUACGGAUAAGCCAUGGGUACUUUUCAUGCCUCUCAUCUUUCCUCACUGCCCUUUCCAGGUUGAAGAGCCGUACUUUUCUAUGUAUGAUCGCUCCAAAGUCUCCAGUGUUGAAGCGACGGUCGACAAGAAGACGGGAUAUGAACCGCGGUAUAUGAAGUCAAUUCGGGAGAAGUAUGGUACACAUCGCGCCACGGAUGAGAUUUGGAGGGAGAUCAAGGCGACAUACUAUGGUAUGAUCACACGUCUGGAUGAUCAGUUCGGUCGAGUGCUCUCAAAGGUCGAUGAGCUUGGUAUUUGGAAGGACACUGUUACCAUGUUCUUCACUGACCAUGGAGAAUAUCUUGGUGAUCAUGGACUCAUUGAGAAGUGGCCUUCAGGUCUUUCAGAGACACUGGUUCACGAACCUCUUAUUAUUGGCGGCGCGGGACUGCCAAAGGGAAGGAGGAUCCAUGCCAUGACGGAAAUGGUGGACUUGGUACCGACGAUGCUGGAGACAUCUGGAAUCGGAGAGUCAUUCGCUCACAACGGACUCUCAUGGAUUCCCCUUCUCUGCGGCGAUGCCAAAACACACAAACAGUACUCUUUCUCUGAAGGUGGUUUUCUGACAUCGGAAGAGCCCAUUCUCGAACAAGCACCAUACCCUUACGAUCUCAAAGCCGGACUUCAACACGAGGACACGACUUUAGUUGGAAAAGCUAUUUCAUUGCGAGACGAAAACUGGACCUAUGUGUACCGACUUUAUGAACCAGCUGAGCUGUAUCAUCGACACAACGAUCCUCAUGAGCUUCAUAACCUAGCCCAAGAUCCGGAACAUAAGGAGUUAGCGGAUAAAUAUGAGAAGGCUACGUUGAAGUGGUUGUUGGAGGGAGCUGAUGUUAUGCCUUGGACGAAGGAUCCGAGAUUCCCGGAGGUUAAGCUGAAGAGUCCGAGGGAGCAGAUGGAGGAGAGGCUGAAGCAGGUCAAGAGUGAUUGAGCCAAUUCAAGCUAGACAGAUCAGGUGUUACAUACAUUAUAAAGGAGGAUUCAGGAGAAUAUAGACGUUUGCAGAAACAUUAAACUCGAUCGACAGUGACUUGAUUCAAAAAGGCCCAUGAUGAGCGGCGUGAAUAGACAAUAGAGUACCAAUAAAAUAGUAACGAGCUUACACAUCAAUGAUAAGAAUACAAAA